GUUAGAGUGGGUUACAAUAAUAUGAAAUGUACUUUUUAGGAAUGAAAUCUCUGCUUCGUUUUUGAUGAACAUACAUAUGGGUAUAUUUUAAUAUGGGUCAAUAGGUUGGUACUUUGAGAGCUAAGUUUUGUUUUUGUGUUUGGGUGGUGCGAGGUAUUAAAAGUUGGAAAACCACUGCUCGUGUCUCCGUCCCGUGUCCAAUUCUAUGAUUUGUAUUAAAUGACGAAAGUAGUACACCCCGUUAUUCCACCCUACACGUCUCGCACUAUCGGAAUGCGAGGAGACCACAUCAAAAUGAGUGAACUCGUAUGUUUUGAGUCACGGCUUUUAUCAGAUGCUGCCUAUUGCUACAUGCGCACAAGUUGCUAUUUUAAGCCGCCCUCGUGGAUUUUAUAAGAGCGAGUGCCCCGCCCCUUCUGUGGGACCGCCGCCCUCCACUGACUUGUCAAGUGUGCCGAGGCCGAUAUAUCCUGCAAACAAGCGGCAGCCCUGAGGUGUCCAGCUCUCUCCCGACAUCAGCCGCUUGCUCCUCCUAUCGCUGCUUUGACUUUGAAGUGAAUAACAACUUUUGUUUUUGGGGACGGCAUGGCACUGCGGCAACAUUCAGACAAGGAGCCGAGCAUUGAGUUAUUUGUUAAGCGCCCGACCUCUGUUUUCUCUCCGCGUGUACGGCAGGCCGGCCACGACGGCGAGAACGUGGGCAACUGUCCCUUCUGCCAGAGGCUCUUCAUGGUGCUGUGGCUGAAAGGAGUGAAGUUCACCGUGACCACUGUUGACAUGAGGAAGAAGCCCGCGGAGCUCAAGGACCUGGCGCCCGGCACCAACCCGCCUUUCCUGCUCUACAACGGCACCCUCAAAACAGACUUCAUCAAAAUCGAGGAGUUUCUCGAGCAAACGCUGGACCCUCCCAGGUAUCCGCACCUCAGCCCAAUAAACAAAGAGUCUUUUGACGUGGGUGCUGACAUUUUUGCAAAGUUCUCCGCCUUCAUCAAGAACACACCGAACAACGCCUUUCAGGAGAAAAACCUGCUACGGGAAUUUAAGCGUCUGGACGAUUACCUGAACUCUCCCCUGCCCGAGGAGAUCAACCACAACUCAAGAGGGAGAGUCGGCGUCUCCGAGAGAAAGUUCCUGGACGGGGCCCGCCUAACUUUAGCUGACUGCAACUUGCUGCCCAAACUGCACGUCAUCAGGGUUGCCUCCAAGAAGUACUGCGGCUUUGACAUCCCGGCUCAGUUGACGGGCGUGUGGCGGUACCUGCACAACGCCUACGAGCGGGAGGAGUUCAAACAGACGUGUCCGGCCGAAAUCGAGAUCGAGAAGGCUUACUUCGGCGUGGCCAAUAAGAGGAAAUAAAAUGUUCAUUCGCCAUCUUUAGAGGGUUUCUGUGUGGUGCCAAAGAUAUUACAAGUACAACCAACAGUCACCUAAAGACAGGUACAGGGAAACUUUUUGGUUGUUUUUGUUUUGGGACUUUGUAUUACAGUUCCUCUGAGGUUCCUUUUUUUUUUUUUUUUUUAAGGAUUACCCAAACAAGAAUUGCCCACAUGCCACUGGUUUCCCACCAUCUCAGAACACACUUUUUUUUUUUUUUUUAAUUGUUUUUGACUGUUUUAGUCACCUACGAGGCCAAUUGUGCUAUUGACUGUUAAUUUAAUUGACCAGAUUUGUGUUUAUAGUGUACAUACAUACAAUAUAUUUUCACAGCAGAACCCCUCAAAUCUGUUUAAAAAUGUUUUUUUUAUGCAGUAAACCAACUAUUCUUGUGUGUCGUAUUCUGUACUAGCACAGUUGACAUGUUGGAAAUGUACAACUUUCAGACAAAUAAAACAAGCAAAGGUG